UCUUGAGUCGGUUUCCAACCGAGGCUCGUCAGGAACAAAUAUAUUUAACGAUCUCCGAAGACAGUCCUCCAACAAACAAAAAGCCAAGAAUGUCGAAAUCAGAGAGCGAUUCAAAGGCGGCGGCGGCAGCAGUUGAAGACGACGAUGAGCCGGAUGACUGGGACAAGCGGAUCUUCAGCACUGGGUGCGCCGCGGAGAAUACAAAGAUGAACGACUGCUAUUAUGAGAAAAAGGAUUGGAGGUUAUGUAGAGAAGAGCUUGAGAACUUUAGGAAAUGUUGGAAGCAGCAACAGAAUGAUAAGAGGACCGAGAUGAAGGAUGCUUGAAGGGAUGGCGAGAGCAGUCAGGGGCCGGAAUCACUGGACGCUCAACGCAUUGUAACAUUAAGACUUGUACAUAUAUAGAACACCUCAGCUCCCCU